CCCAAAACAUAGCACCGUGGAAAUCGUUAGUGGUUUUAAGUAUUAAGUCGAAUAUGGACGAUAUAUGUAUAGCUCAUAUUUGGAUCUUUGCGAAAGAAUAAGUUUAAAAACAAAUACCGUUUGUGUUACUGUUACAAAAUUAAUAACAUUAAUUGGUUGACAAUGAAUAAACAAAGAAACAAAAUUAAGGUUGAUCUUAAAAUAAUUUUUCUCCUUGAAAUCGGUUGCAUCAUAUUGAAUUGUGAGGGUCAUGGAAGAUUAAUUGAACCACCCAGUAGGGCAUCGGCCUGGCGCUAUGGAUUUUCUACACUACCUGAUUAUAAUGACCAUGAAUUAUACUGUGGUGGAUUUACUCGACAGUGGAAACAAAACGGUGGUAAAUGCGGCGAGUGUGGCGAUGCGUGGGAUAUGCCGAAACCACGUCCUCAUGAAAAUGGUGGUCAAUGGGGAAAAGGUUUGAUUGUGCGAAGAUAUCGUCCUGGAUCGAAAAUGAUGAUUCGUAUAGAGCUAACGGCUAGCCACAUGGGUUUUUUUGAGUUCCGAAUAUGUCCGACUCCAAGUGCAAAACAGGAAUGCUUUGAUCAGAAUGUGCUGCGCAUACUUGGGGGCUCUCCUUUUCAACCCAAUCCUGAAGACAUGAACUUUCGAUUUUAUCCACGAAACGGCAGUCGUAUAUAUGAGAUAAAAGCACAACUACCAGAAUAUACAUGUGACCAAUGCGUUCUUCAAUGGCGCUAUGUUGCCGGCAAUAACUGGGGCAUGUGCAGUGAUGGGAAUGGUGCUAUUGGUUGCGGUCCUCAGGAAGAAUUUCGGUCUUGUUCGGAUAUUGCCCUUACACGGGACGCUCAAAGCCCUUUUCGACCCUUGCAUCCUUCCAUUCUGGAACAAAAUAUAACUGGCACAGAGCCAAGUGCACAAAAUUAUGAAAUCAAAUCCCUGAUUUAUAUACUUAUUUCAAUUUCUAUUCUUUUGAUACUCAUUUGCUUGUUUUUAACCAUUUGGUUCAAGUUUAAAGAUUGUAAAGUAUUUAUUAAAAAUUAUUUUCUAAGCUGUAAAAAAACAAAAUUUGUAUCAAAAAAUAUAAACGUAAAAGAAAUAUUUAAAGGUUUAAAAUGUGAUAACAUUGAUGUAGUGAAGGAUCUCAAUGAGGUUCAUGUUCAAAGUCCACCAAUACCACCACCGCGAACUAAAAAAGUUAAACAAGAAAUACACAUAAUAACUACUUGAGUGUUUUUUUAGACUGAUAUAUUAAUAAAUUCAUUAAAUUUACAAGCUUAAUAAAAUAAAAUUAUUUAUAUCAAAUAUAUAUAAGCCUUCCAAAUGUAUAAGUUGAAUUAAUAUUUUAAUAAAUUUUAAAUAUUCUUUAAGUA